UUUCUUCCAGCUGAAGGAGCGAAAUGAAGUGAAUUGGAGGCUGAGCGCUGAGCGCUGAGCGCUGAGCGGCGCGUCCUGUCAGUCGCUGCUGAGGAAGAGGAGAGAGAGGAAGCUGCGCUAUAAAAGCCGGAGUCUCGGCGCGGCUCCAGAGUUCGCAGGAGGCGCUCGGAGCGCCGCGGAGCUUCUCUGGGUCUCCAGGCCGGGUUCCGAGUUUCAGGCUGCGGGACGCCGGAUGCCGCGCUUCUCUGCAGCUGUCGAGAUGCUUCCGGCGACCAGGCGCCGCCGCGGGUGAGGAUGAGGAGGAGGAGGCAGGAGCGGGUCUGACUGAGGCUGCGGGACAUGCGGCGUCUUCUCCUCUGGAUGCGGGUUUGAGAGCUUCCCAAGCGGCCAGUCGGAGCUCGAUGAGCGGGGCAGGUGACGGAGGAAGAAGGUGGAGGGAUGGAGCCGCCCGCCAGCUACGGAGGUCUGCAGAACUUCUCCACCAAUGACUCCGACACCAGCGGCUCCUCCAGCCUGGGCCCCAAGGCGGCUCUGGCCGUGACUCUGGGGCUCAUCACCUGCGCCACCACGCUCUCCAACGCCUUCGUCAUCGCCACCAUCUACCAGUCCCGGAAGCUGCACACCCCGGCCAACUUCCUCAUCGCGUCCCUGGCGCUCACGGACCUGCUGGUGUCCGUCCUGGUGAUGCCCAUCAGCGCGCUGUACACGGUGCUGCAGACCUGGCCGCUGGGCCAGGUGAUGUGCGACAUCUGGCUGUCCUCGGACAUCACCUGCUGCACCGCCUCCAUCCUCCACCUGUGCGUCAUUGCGCUGGACCGGUACUGGGCCAUCACGGACGCGGUGGAGUACUCCAAGAAGCGCACGGCGGGACGCGCCGCCGGCAUGAUCGCCACCGCCUGGGUCAUCGCCAUCUCCAUCUCCCUACCGCCAUUCUUCUGGCGCCAGGUGAAGGCGGAGGAGGUGACGAGCUGCAACGUGAACACGGACCACAUCUUCUACACCAUCUACUCCACCUUCGGCGCCUUCUACAUCCCCACGCUGCUGCUCCUAUGCCUGUAUGGCCGGAUCUACGUGGAGGCGCGGAAGCGCAUCCUGAAGCAGGCACAGUACAAGCAGGGGAAGAGGCUGACCUCUGCGCACCUGAUCAGCAGCUCCCCUGGCUCCGUGGCGUCCACCACCUCCCUGAACUACGGGACGAACGACGCCUCCUCCUGCUGCGACACUACCUCGUCCUCCCCCAGUGUGAGCCAAGUCAAAGUCACCGUGUCGGAUGCGCUGCUGGAGAAGAAGCGCAUCUCUGCGGCCAGGGAGCGGAAGGCCACCAAGACCCUGGGCAUCAUCCUGGGAGCCUACAUCGUCUGCUGGCUGCCCUUCUUCAUCUACACCCUCCUAGUGCCUCUCUGCCAGUCCUGCUUCCACCCAGGGCUGUUCGACAUCUUCACCUGGCUCGGGUACCUCAACUCCCUCAUCAACCCCAUCAUCUACACCAUGUCCAACGAGGAUUUCCAGCAGGCCUUCCACAAACUCAUGCUGCGUUUCAGGUGCUGCAGGGCGUGAGGACCGCUUCCUCCAAAUGGAGCCCAAAAUCAGCCCACAUGUGGGACCCAUACUGGGAUUGUCUGCAGGGUAUGUAACCGUCCAUGGUGGGUAAGGGGGCCCAGCCAGUCCCAUCUGGGUCCCAUGUCUGGGUCCCAUGGGGGCCACAGGUCACAGGCUGGAGGGCUGCAGGACAAGCAUGAGGAUUUUCAGUCUUCAGCGAUCGGUGCUGCUGGAACCCAUCUGACAUUCACAGGUGGGACCCAUCGUACAAAACUAGGAUUACCUGCAAGCUAAGAGUUAUGGAAGUCUCCAAGGCUUCAUAAUCAAACAGACUGAGUGGUUCCUACCAGCAAGUACACACUGGACCCCUCUGGGCCCCAUCUUCAAGUUGCCCAACACGUUGCUGCAUGUUGUGGAGGACGACAUGCAGAACGACGCGUGUCAGCCUGCAGCGAUCUGUGGGCCCAAGCAGGAGGAAAUGAGCUGGAGGCCAUCAGAUCUAAAGCAGAAGUUUAAUCAAUCAAAAGGUUUUGAAUUUGUUUCUGUUUCUAAAUUUGAACUGAACUGAAGCGAGAAUCGCUUUGUCCAUUUGUUGACGUUCAAAUUCAGCAAAAACAAUUUAGAGUUCAUGAUAAUCUUCAUGUUUGCUUCAGAUGGAGAUCGGGUCCAACCAACAUGGUGCCAAUGAUUGGACCCACUCGGGUCCCACGGUUCAGUUCAGAAGGUUGCCAUAGCUGGGCCCCAUGCCCUGGGUUUGUCCUGUGCAGGGGUUAAAGGUUAAAGGUUAAAGGCUCCAUAAUGAGUUUAACAAGAGGCAACAAUGACCUUCAUGUUAUUGAACUGAGUUCUGAUAAAACAGCUUCAGUGGGUCCCAUGUUUAGGCCAGGCACAUUCAAAACCGUCCAGGCCCAAACCGAUCCCAUAUGGGGCCCACAUGGUUGGCCGGGGCCUGAAUCCCGCACACUGGUUUCACUGGUUUCCCUUCAGGCUCAGAUUGUUCUGAACAACGUGGGGCGGGCUGGGACCCAUCCGUCCUGAUGCUGCAGCAGAAGGAACCAGAAUGACUUGGAGGGCACCCCGGACUGGACCCCUGAACUCGGACUGGGCCCUCUGACUCAAAGUGGGCUCUCGGACUGAGCGUCCAUUUGUGUUUAAUUUUUCUGACUCAAUCAGAGGAACUGUCGGUACCGGCCCGGCUCACUCAGAACCAGAUCUAGUCGAAUAAAGAGAGUUCAUGUGGCAGGCUCCUCUUGGUUCCUCAUGCUGUCCCAUGAUCCAAAUUCAGAUCCCGAUUAUGAUCCCAAUCCAGAUUCUGAUCCAGAUCGCAAUCCAGAUCCUGAUCCCAAUCCAGAUUCUGAUCCUGAUCCAGAUUCUGAUCCUGACCCCAAUCCAGAUUCUGAUCCAGAUCCUGAUCCCGAUCACAAUCCUGAUCCAGAUCCUGAUCCUAAUCCAGAUUCUGAUCCAGAUCCUGAUCCUAAUCCAGAUCCAGAUUCUGAUCCAGAUUCUGAUUCAGAUUCUGAUCCUGACCCCAAUCCAGAUUCUGAUCCUGAUCCUAAUCAAGAUCCAGAUUCUGAUCCUGAUCCAGAUCCUGAUCCUGGUGAGCCCAGACUUCCUGUCUCUCCUCCUGACAUUCAGACUCAACGUUUAAAACUUGUGGAGAAAAAAAAUGUUUUUUAAAUGCUGGAAAAUGUCAGUUUUCUGAUCAAAUCAUCCGUUUCUCUGCUGCCAACAAACCGUGGCGCUAAAUGUCAGGCUGCGUCUGAUGAGCCUCAAAAGAAACUUUGAAGGCAGAAAAACAUCAGAAAGUGAAAAAGGAUCCAAAUCUGAUGGAGCAAAUGUCCAGAGCUGCAGCAGAGAUCCAGACUUAGAGAAAUUAAGGACAAAGUCCAAGUUCCCAAAGAAUCCAAAAUAAGAUUUUAGAUUAAAUGAUGUUAUUUCAUCCAGCAGAUUAAAAAGCACAAACUGUAAAAUUUAUAAAUUAUUAUCUAACCUGAGAGGAAGAGAAGACUGGAUGGACGGACGGACGGAUUGAUUUUGCUCAUGUUUGGUUCUUCAGGUGUUCGGUUCUCCAGAUGUUCUCCUGAGCCAGGCAGCGUUUAUUAGUAUUGAACAUUUCAGCAACAAGACGGCUCAAAGUUCUUUACAUCAUAAAAAGACAAAAACCAGGAAGUGAAACUGGACCAGUUUCAGAGAACCUGUCGAUGCGACGGGACUGGCUGUGUCAGCUUGUGGCUCAGCCUAUCAGGACGCAGGGUGGGGAGCAGAGGCAGCUGAUGAUUGGAUGAUUGAUCCUGUAAUUUGUCUGAUUUUAGAUGUUGUAAAUCUGUUGCAGCUUCAGUCAGGACGGUUUGUGAACCAGAUCCAGAUCCAGAAGCUUCAUCUGGCAAAUGAAGCUCCAGGAUUGUCGAUGGUUUUGUUGGUUUCUGCAGUAAAGGUUCAUCGCUGAUCUUCCCUUUAAUGGGAGCAAUAAUAUAAAUAGUGCAGGUAAAACACAGACGACUGAAAAGCUGAACCGUACUCCACAGAACCCCCCAGCUACCGGCCAGUAGCAGAACCCAGCAGACCGCUGGAUUAUCUGGAGUCUCUGAAUCGUUGAAUUAACAGAUUCUGAUAAUGAGACAUUCAGAGUGUGGGCAGAACGCGUCUUUGCUUUGAGUGUUUUGGACCUGAAACAUCACUUUGUCGUGACUGCAGGCAUUUUGGUUCAGGAACAGAAAACCCUUGGAGAUUCGAUUGGAUGGGUCUGGAGGUGAGAAGGUGAUACUGGGCUGGUUCUGUCUGCCAGUAGAAUACGAUGAGUCCCAUCGAGCUGCCAUGACUAAACCUGAGUGGGCCGACUGAUUUUCUGGCAGAACAUUUGAAAGCAAACAUAUUCCAGUUAAAGUCAGGAAAUAGAUGAAAAUAAUGUUGGAUUUAUUCAUGGACCAGUUCUGGUUCCUCAGUGAGGGCCUCCGAUGGGUCCCACAGGUCAUCCCAGAGCACCAGCACUCAGGUUCAAGGCCAUCUCCUGACCCUUGAUCCCAGAAGGGAAGGGACUGGAGGUUUUUGACUGAGGAUGCGGCUCUAGAUGAGUUUGUCUGGAUUUGCAGAAUCCAGUUUCAGUUUGGUGGAUCCAGAAGGAUCUCACUCGAUCAACGUUCAGCUGUCUUUAUUUCCUUCAGCCGGUUCAGAACCAACCUGGUGUCAGAGCAUCACAGUGUUUCUGCUGGUUGUUACCGGCUGCGAUUCCUCUGCUUGCUGCUCAUAGAUCCGAUGGGACCCAUCAGUGUGAGCUUCUUUCGCAGCUUAAAGCCACGCAUUGUCCUCUGUGGUGGACGUCUGGACCCAUCAGGCCUCUGAUGGAUGAUUAUAUCUGAGAAUCUGGAAUUAUAAUCUGGAUUUCACAGGGAGCCAAUGAAGCGAAGCUAAACUAUGAUCUCUGUUUCUAAUCGUCGUCAGAAUCUGGCAGCAGCGUUUCGGACGAAGGGUUUUGUUUUCUGGAUUUUUCCUGAUGGUGAAGAGCUGCAGCAGUGAAGCCUGAAGGAACAAAUGCAGGAUCAGUUUCUCUCCUGGACAGGAUGUUUAUGAUUGUGGCAAUUUUCCGGAGAUGAAGAGAGGAGAUGCUAAAAUCUUCUUAAUAGGAUUUAAAUGACAUAACCUGAUGAAAAAUAUCACAGAGGUUCUUUAUUAUUGAAGGAUAAUUUAAUGGCAUCCAGAUGCGGUGAUGACUCAGCAGGUUCUCUUUCAGAAGUUCUGAUCCAAAAACAACUUCUGUCUUUUCAGAAUUUAAAAGAAGAAAGUUUAAACCAUCCAGCUUUUAAUCUGUGAUCGAACCAGUGGGUUGGAUUCAUCAAGUUUAGAUAAAGCUGCAUAUCAUCAGCAUAACGGUGAACAUUUAUCCCAUUCUGUCUGAUUAGCUUUCCUAUUGAAAGCAUAUAUAUAUAUAUAUAUAUAUAUAUAUAUAUAUAUAUAUAUAUAUAUAUAUAUAUAUAUAUAAAUUAAAGAGAAUUAGCCCAAGCACUGAGCCCUGUGGUACUCCUCUAGUGACCCUGGAGUGUGAGGAACAUUAAUUAUUCACAGGAACAAACUGGGAUCUGAUUGAUACCAAUCAGAUCCCAGUUCUGGUGUCGUUUGUUCCUCUCAGACGUGUUCUAGUAGUUCUAACAGAAUGUUGCGGUAAACUGGAUCAGAACCAGAACCGAGACCAAACAGAACCAGAACAGGCACAAGUCCGUUUUCUGAGGACCGGAGAAUAUCAUUAGUGACUUUCAGCAGAGCUGAUUGACUGAAAGUUUUCUAACAUCUCGUUACCAUUUAAAUGCUCACACUUGAUUGACUCUAUUUACUAUUUUCACAAGAUUUGAGGAGGGAAGAUCAGAUAAAAGUCUGUAAUUUAUGAUGUCAUAACCCUAAAAUUAUUAUUCUCAUCCAUUAAUGGUGAAAAACUGGAAAAGUCUUUUUAUGCAGCAGUUGACUAUUUUUCCAAUGUUUCCUUAUAAACAAAAAUGGUUUUCAUGCUUUAUAAGCAGGAUGAGGAAAAGAAAAGCUUAGAUGUUCAAAAGAUCUGCAGCUAUUAAUGGGAAUAGGAUUCAUGAAUAAAUGUGUGAAAAUGUAAAUAAUUACAAAGGCUUGAUUCAUUUAUAGGAACAUAAUCCUGCAGGUUUCUGUUCCCCACAGAUCACAUCAUUAACUACAGAUCUGCUGUUAAAACCACAUUUCAUGGUUUUUCUGUUCAGUCAUAUUUAUCUUUAUGACAUUUUCACAAUUUGCUCCUUUUAGGAGAAUUUUUAUUGUAUUUGAUUGUGAAAAUGAUGUUAAUCUGAGAGCAGUCACCUUAUUUCCCCUUCAUGCAUCAAACAUGGCCGCCUCUGAAUGAAAGGAGCCAUUUUAGCUUGCAGCCGUCUGCUGCAGCUCCGGAAUGAGAAGCUUGGAUCGGCUCAGUGAGGAUCCUCUGCUGCUCCGGUGGAUCACAAACCAGCUGCAGAUGAACAGGAAUCAAUAAAAAUCUCUAACAUUUCAGACUUUUCUCUCUGAA